GCGAGCUCUGGUGGCGAAAUGCCUUUUAGUAAUAGUUAAUCUUUUAUGAUUCUCGAGUUUUACUAGGGCCCGUCUCUCACUAUUGGGCCAGGGGUCCUUUAAGGGGGGAAAAAAAGAGAAGCCAAUUGCGGAAGUCUCCUGCAGCUCCUCCCCUCCAGCCGGCGCGCGCAGCACGGGCGGGCACGUCCUUCCUGCGCCGGAUACGUCAUCACGGCCUGCGCCCGGGGCGGAGCGGGCGGAGCCUCUGGGUCAAGGACGAGCCUGCGCAGAGCGUGGGAAAGGCAUGCGUUGUGGCGUCUGACGUAUCCGUGGAGACAUCUUAAGUUUCCCUCAGUGGGCACGAAAAAAAGCAAGUCCUUGCCUCCCGUGUCUCCUACCUCUUGGCAUCUCCGGGCUUGUGCAGGGGUGGUCCUGCUGCCUCUGCUGGAUAACGGCACCCGCAGCCCCCGCCGUCCUGUCUGAGAGAGCGUGUCAGAAAGCUCCGAGGUCCGCAGCUGCCCUUUCAGAGCAAAAGCAUCCUCUGGGUUAGCUGAAGCUUGGACUUCUUUCUAAGCAAGGAAUGAGAUGUAAGCCGGGAGACAAGCCUGAGGCCGAAAAGCCACCCGGGAUGGCAGAAUCUUCUGAAGGACUGGAGGCGGCCAGGGCUGAGGUCAAGGCCCCGAUGGAGGCUACAGGCAAGGUGGAUGGAAAGGAGACCAAGAAAAAAAAAUAAGUGGCUUGGUGACCUAACUUUACCCAGAGAAUGGAAAAUAAAAUGCAAGACUCCAAACCCUGCCCUUCUAUUUCAUCUUCACUUUGGAAAAAUACAGGAAAAGGUGGGCUUUUUUGCCUUCCUACCAUGGACGAGGAUCUUGAAGGAGAAACUUGGCAGACCUUUUCCAUUCCCUGGGGCUUCGGCCAGGCAGUAGAGGAUGAAGGAGGACAUACAUGCCACCACAGGACGAAGUCUUCAGGCUGGCCACCUCCCUCGGGAACCUGGGGCUUGAACCAGGUACCCCCCUAUGGAUGGGAGAUGACUGCGAACCGGGAUGGCCGGGACUGCUUCAUCAAUCACAUGACGCAGGCCAUCCCCUUUGACGACCCUCGGUUGGAGAGCUACCAAAUCGUCCCUCCUGCCCCACGGAGUGUGGAGAUGAGGAGGGACCCCGUGCUGGGGUUUGGUUUCGUGGCGGGGAGUGAAAAGCCAGUAGUCGUUCGCUCUGUAACACCAGGUGGCCCCUCCGAAGGCAAGCUGAUUCCGGGAGAUCAGAUUGUAAUGAUUAAUGAUGAGCCCGUCAGCGCUGCGCCGAGGGAGCGGGUCAUCGACCUGGUCAGAAGCUGCAAAGAAUCAAUCCUCCUCACUGUCAUUCAGCCUUACCCUUCUCCCAAAUCAGCAUUUAUUAGUGCUGCAAAAAAGGCAAGAUUAAAGUCCAAUCCAGUCAAAGUGCGAUUCUCCGAGGAGGUCAUCAUCAAUGGCCAAGUGUCGGAAACUGUUAAGGAUAAUUCACUUCUUUUUAUGCCAAAUGUUUUGAAAGUGUAUCUGGAAAAUGGGCAGACCAAAUCAUUUCGCUUUGACUGCAGCACCUCCAUAAAGGAUGUCAUCUUAACUCUUCAAGAGAAGCUCUCCAUCAAAGGCAUCGAACACUUCUCCCUCAUGCUGGAGCAGAGGACAGAAGGGGCCGGAACCAAGCUGCUGUUGCUUCAUGAACAGGAGACUCUAACUCAGGUGACACAGCGGCCCAGCUCCCAUAAGAUGAGGUGUCUUUUCCGCAUUAGCUUUGUCCCGAAGGAUCCAAUUGACCUUUUACGGAGAGAUCCAGUUGCAUUCGAGUAUCUCUACGUUCAGAGUUGUAACGACGUGGUUCAGGAGCGAUUUGGGCCCGAGCUGAAAUACGACAUAGCCCUGCGGCUGGCAGCCUUGCAAAUGUACAUCGCAACCGUCACCACCAAGCAAACACAGAAAAUCUCCCUCAAAUACAUCGAAAAAGAAUGGGGAUUAGAGACUUUUCUUCCCUCUGCUGUGCUGCAAAGCAUGAAAGAGAAGAACAUAAAGAAAGCACUUUCACACCUUGUCAAAGCAAAUCAAAACUUGGUACCACCGGGUAAAAAGCUCUCUGCACUGCAAGCCAAGGUCCAUUAUCUCAAGUUCCUCAGUGAUCUUCGACUGUACGGGGGUCGUGUGUUCAAGGCAACAUUAGUGCAGGCAGAAAAGCGCUCAGAAGUGACUCUUCUGGUGGGGCCCCGAUAUGGCAUAAGCCAUGUCAUAAACACCAAAACCAAUCUGGUGGCUCUUUUAGCUGACUUCAGCCACGUCAACAGGAUCGAGAUGUUUACCGAGGAAGAAAGCUUGGUGAGGGUAGAGCUCCAUGUGUUGGAUGUGAAGCCCAUCACGCUCCUGAUGGAAUCAUCAGAUGCCAUGAACCUGGCCUGCUUAACUGCUGGCUACUACCGGCUACUUGUGGAUUCCAGGAGGUCAAUAUUUAACAUGGCCAAUAAGAAAAACACAGGGACCCAGGAAACAGGAACUGAAAAUAAAGGAAAGCAUAACCUCCUUGGCCCAGAUUGGAACUGUAUACCCCAGAUGACCACCUUUAUUGGCGAAGGGGAACAAGAAGCCCAGAUAACAUAUAUAGAUUCAAAACAGAAAACGGUUGAUAUUACGGAUGGCGCCUUGUGCCCCAAAGACCACCGGCACCUGUAUCUAGACAACACCUAUAACCCAGAUGAACUCAACCAGCCACUGACCCAGCCGGGAGAUGCUCCGUGUGAGGCAGACUACAGAAGUCUCACUCAGCGGUCCCUGUUGACCCUCUCAGGACCAGACGCUCUGAAGAAAGCACAGGAGUCUCCAAGAGGAGCUAAAGUGUCCUUUAUUUUCGGAGAUCUUGCCUUGGAUGACGGUAGGAAUCCCCCGACUCUUGGCUACGAAAGACUAUUGGAGGAGAGCCCAGAACUGCUGGAGAAGCAGAGGAAUCUCUACAUCAGCGGUGCCAACGAUAUGAAGGGCCUGGAUCUCGCCCCGGAUGCGGAGAGCAUCCAGUUUGUGGCAAAUUCUGUUUAUGCAAACAUAGGUGACGUGAAACACUUUGAGGCCGCCGAGGGGAUAGAGGAACCCCUCCUGCACGACAUCUGUUACGCAGAGAACACCGACGACGCGGAGGAUGAGGACGAGGUGAGCUGUGAGGAGGACCUCGUGGUAGGAGCGAUGAGCCAGCCGGCCAUCCUCAACCUGUCUGGGUCCAGUGAUGACAUCAUUGACCUCACGUCCCUGCCCCCUCCAGAAGGGGAUGACAACGAGGAUGACUUCCUGUUGCGUUCCUUGAACAUGGCCAUCGCCGCGCCCCCACCUGGCUUCAGAGAUAGUUCAGACGAGGAGGACUCUCAGAGCCAGGCCGCCUCCUUCCUCGAGGACAAGGAGCCAGGCAGGAGUCUGCAAAAUGACGAGAUCCCCGUGUCCCUCAUUGACGCUGUGCCCACCAGCGCCGAGGGGAAGUGUGAGAAGGGCCUGGGUAACACCGUGGUUUCCACGCUCGAAGCUCUAGAAGCUCUGUCCGUGUCAGAGGAACAGCAGACCAGUGACAAUUCAGGUGUAGCCAUCUUGCGGGCUUAUAGUCCCGAGUCUUCGUCAGACUCGGGCAAUGAGACUAACUCUUCCGAAAUGACUGAGAGCUCUGAACUGGCCACAGCGCAGAAGCAGUCAGAAAGCCUCUCCCGCAUGUUCUUGGCCGCUCACGAAGGCUACCACCCCCUUGCAGAAGAGCAGACAGAGUUCCCCACCUCCAAAACCCCCGCUGGGGGCUUGCCUCCCAAGUCCUCACACGCCCUGGCUGCCCGUCCGGUGACCGACCUCCCGCCCAAAGUUGUGCCUUCCAAGCAGAUACUUCACCCAGACCCCAUGGAGAUGGAGCCCGAAACCAUGGAGACCAAGUCGGUCACUGACUAUUUCAGCAAACUGCACAUGGGGUCGGUGGUGUACUCGUGCACCAGCAAAAGGAAAAGCAAGCUGGCCGACGGGGAGGGGAAGGCACCCCCUAGUGGGAACAUGCCAGGGAAGAAACAGCAGGGGACCAAAACAGCUGAGGCAGAGGAGGACGCCAAAGGUAAAUUUGGUACUGUGUCUUCAAGGGACAGUCAACAACACCUAAGCACUUUUAACCUGGAAAGAACUGCCUUUCGCAAGGACAGCCAAAGAUGGUACGUGGCCACCGAGGGGGCAGUGGCUGAGAAAAGUGGAUUGGAAGCGGCAGCCGGGAUAACAUUUCCAAGAGCUUCCGGUCUGGGGACGAGGGAGGCGGAAGAGAAGGAUGAAGGGGCUCCUGAUGGAGAAGCCGGUGAAGUUUCAGGACUUGGCCAGCGGGACCACUUCUUAACGGACGUGACCUGUGUAUCUUCAGCCAAAGACUUAGACGACCCAGGGGAUACUGACCCGUCUACCUGUGACCAUCCUUCCAAGCUUCCUGAGGCGGAGGAGAGCGUGGCCCGCCUUUGUGACUACCACCUGGCCAAGCGGAUGUCAUCAUUACCAAGCGAGUGCCAUUUUUCUCUACAGAGCUCUCAAGGCUCUUCGGUGGACGCAGGCUGUGGCACAGGCAGUAGCAGCAGCACCUGUCCCACACCUGUGGAGUCCCCCCUCUGCCCCUCCAUGGGGAAGCACCUGAUUCCCGAGACUGCGGGGAAAGGCAUGGGUUAUGUUCCUGCGGAGGAGAGAGCCGCUGGGCUUCCCAACCAUGGCGCCACCUUCAAGGAAUUGCACCCACAGGCAGAAGGGAUGUGUCCGCGGAUGACAGUGCCCGCUCUGCACACAGCUAUUAAUGCGGAACCCCUGUUUGGCACUUUGAGAGAUGGAUGUCAUCGGCUCCCCAAGAUUAAGGAAACCACAGCUUUGACAGAGCCUGGGAAGGAGAGACGAGGAGGCAUGCCUUCAGCUUGGUCUCAACAUCCUGAAGCUGAUCCCAUCCUGCUACCAUCCAACAUUCACUCGGAAUCAAAGGUGCCAAUUCCAAAUCAAGACCCUAAUGAUUUCUCCCAAGCAAAUCUGGCAUACGGAGAGGCUGUGAACUGGCGGCCACUGGAUCUGAGAGGGGGGAGCCUCGGAACACCCCCCAGCCAGAGGGCUCUGAGACGUAGCAGCAGUAUCCUCUCGGGAUCUGUAGGUUUGGAGACCUUCCAGGAGAGAACGAAGGGUGCGGUCAGCUUAAAGUGUCCAGGUAUCACAGAAGCACAGGAGGCCAGUUCAGAAAGGCGAGCGGAACUCCCCCUGGGGAAGAAGCUCACCAAAAGUUUUUCCCAAAGCUCGAUGUUCUUUAGCUCUGAGGGAAAAGUUCACAGAAGGUCCCCGGUGGCUCACAAAGACUCAAAGCUGUAUAGGACAUUACCCUUGCGCAAGCUGGAAGGCAGCAAUUGGAGAUGCCGGGGACCUUUCAGCUACUGCUUCCUGAACCGAGGGCAGGAGGAAGACGGUGAUGAGGAUGAAGAGGAGGGAGAGGCCACCCGCCGGGUCUCUUGCCUCUUUCGACCACAGAUGACUCAAGCCAUGCCAGAACCAAUCAGCCCACCCCUGGCUGUUGGCAUUCAGAAGCAAGGAGGGGAGCUGACCAGAGGUUCAGUGCUAAAGGUCUGGGCGGAAGAUCUGAGUGGCCCGGAUGAUGCGGACUUCAGCAACCUGGCCUUUGAUGCCCGGAUUGCAAGAAUAAAUGCCCUAAAAGAGAGCACAUAUGCAAUGCCUGAUGGGUUCCUCGCAGCCCAAAAUGAUGCCAAUGAGCUGCUCUGCCUCGUCAGGGCAACGAAGGGAAAGAGAGAGGAGUCACGCCCUGAGGCAUAUGACCUUACGCUUUCUCAGUACAAGCAACUGUUAUCCAUCGAGUCCAGACAGUUGGGAAGUGCCUGUAGGAAAAUGGCUAUGGCCGAGAAAAGCCCAGAGGAGAUGCUUCUAGCUAUGACCUCCAGCUUUCAAGUGCUCUGUUGCCUAACGGAAGCUUGCAUGCGAUUAGUUAAAGUCGUGAACUCAGAAACGCAGCGGCAGGAAAUCGUAGCGAAGAUCAAUGAAGUGGUCAUAAACUACAUUUGUCUCCUGAAAGCUGCAGAGGCAGCCACUGGAAAGACCACUGGGGAUCCUAAUGUUGGACUCUCGGCGCGACAUUCAACCACCAUGGCCGCCCUCGUAAGCACACUAACACGUUCUCUCAAGAUGCUUUUAAAUAAAUAAAAUAUGAAAGUCACAUCAUAAUCUACCUUUGCAAAGCCAUACAUGAACUUUUAUUUACUUUAUGUGUACGAUGAACAGAUGUCUCCUUUCUUCUCUCUGUAUAUUUUGUUAUUUUAUAUAAAAUAGGAGAUAAAAGUCACAUUGAUGAAAUGUUGAAAUGUACUAAUCAGAUGUAUUCUGUUUAUAUUAUACAUAUAUAUACGUAAAAGAAAUAUACAAGAAAGUGAUGACAUUUGGCUAUUUUUCGUAUAGUUGAAACUCCAGGUAUAUGAUGUGAAAUUUUAAAUUCUCAGCAAAACCGUGUUAGAGCAGAACAAUGAAUCCUCUCCCCUUUCCUUCCAAGCAGAUACUUGGAGACCAUAUCAUUCAUACUUAGAAGUUAAAAGAGAGAGAAAGAAAGAAAGAGAGAGGAAGAAAGAGCGAAAGAAAGAAAGAGGGAGAGAGAAAGAUCACAAUGUAUAUAAAUCAGUACUUAUGUUUUAAAAUUAUGAUUUUUAAGCAUUGGAAAUAGCAGAAAGACAUUUAAAAUCUGAGAAGCUAUUAUGAAUUAUUAGAGAAUAUAUAUAAUAAAUUAAUUUUUUGCUCAUAGUGUUUGGUUAUCUGAUGCUUUCUUCCAAGAAUCCUACAUGAAAUUUAAUUUUCGCUUAUGCCAUUUGGGCUAGAAAUGGGGUGGGGGCGGAUUCUAUUGUGUCAAUACAAAUGCUCUUCAUGAUGUUUCUAUAAUUAAAAUAUUUCCCCAAAAGAACAGAAGUAAUGAUGGGCAGGUUCCUAGGUAAAAUGUCUAGAGUUAGAGAUUAUCUAAUUACGUAAAAUGAAAGGAAUAAUGUCAAAAUUAAAAUGUUUGAUGAAAAGAGAGAUCUCCUUUGAUUAAAUGUCAAAAUAUAUAAACCAAAGACAUCAUCUUCCUCCCCACCCCAACUCAACCGUGAGACGUAGAAUUCCAUUAAGAGCGACAGAACAUUUAGUGAAGUAUUUGCAAAAUUACAAAAAGCGACAUUCAGUGAUCAUAGUAAGUGCAGAUCCAGUAAUGUGAGUCAAGGCGUAGAACUUCGUGCGUCACCUCUAUAGGGGCCGAUGCUUCCAACCAAAUUUCAAAUUCCAGCCUACCACUGGGACAGUUUCAAAUCUGGAGUGUUCCAGAAAAUCAGGGAGAGAUGGCUCCUCUAGUAUGGAAGCCAGGAUGAAUAAAUAAAGCAUUUAGCGAAUGUUCUAAUUUGGAUUGGUAGAUUGAAAUAUGAAAGCUGGGGCGGGGGGGGGGGGGGUGCGGAAAGACAAGUGGUAAAUUUGACCACUGUAGGCAAAACUGAUGGAAUGCAAAGGAGUUUUCCGAACUGUCCUCUGUCUAAAAAUGUAUCUCUGGGUCAAAGCAAAAGGAUGCGAAACGCAGUUGUCAAAGAAAAUUGAUAUGUACAUAUGUACUUCAUGGGUCAUUUAGUGCUUAAGCUAUACAUACUCCUGUUUAUGUAGAUGGCUCCUUAAAAUAUGACAGGAGUAUGGCAGGUGCAAAUACUUCAUUUCUGUAGCCUACCGGGCAGGAGGCAUCACAGUCUCUUGUCAGUCGUUCCAUAGAGACUCAGUAACAAAAGUCACACAUAUUUAUAGAUGGUAGCAAACAAAAGGAGUUUAGAUGUGUGUUAUUAUAAAUAAUGUUUAAAUAAUACAACAUUAUUUUCUUAUAAUUAUAAAUAUUGGUGUUUGAUAUUGAUAAAUAUUAAUGGUGUUUACUGUGGCAAUUUUUGGUAAAUAUUCUGUGUGCUAAAAUACUAACAUGAAUAGGAUGUGUGUUGUAUGUCAGACAAUGUGCUAAACAUAUCACAUAUAUUACUCAAUCAUCACAACGAUCUUAUGGUUUGGACACUAUUGUUAAUUCCCGACGGAGGCAAUAUGGUGUAAUAGUUAAGGACGCGGGGCCUGGGGUCAGAAACUUCCUGAUUUAAAUUUGGACUCUGCCAUUUCCUAUCCCUUUCAUCUUGGGAAAGUUGAUCAAUUUUUUUCUGAGUCUCAACUUGCUUACAGUAAAAUGAAAAUCGAUUUCCACAGGAUUGUCAUGACUUGGAAGUAAAAUCGUGUGUGUAAAGGUUUUGCCGCAAUGAGGGCAUACCUGGCAGGGUAUAGACUUCCUGUUAAGAUCUUAUCAUCAUGGUCAGUACGUUAAAUAUAUUGCCCAAGAUCAUGUAUGGGGGAUGUUUGCUUUAUAUGCAUAUCGUCUCCUGCCUGUAUAUGCAGGAUGUGGUAUGUACGUUGCAUGUGUAUAAAAGAAGUGUCCAAGGAAAUAGCCAUCCUCGAUCAAAUCCUAUCCAGUUAGAACAGCUUCCCAGUCCAUUCUAGUUCUUUGAGAGGCCUCAGUAAAACAGCUCUGGGUCCUUCCAAACCAUCUCCCAUGACCUAUGGGUGCUCCAGUACGUUUCUGUUUCUUAUAGACAACCUCCUUAGUACGUAGAAAACCUCAAGCCCCCCCGCCCGUUCACUACACAUGGGGCUCCUAAGUGGGGUCCAGGUCCACUAGAGUGUAGGAAGAACAUGUUAGAAUGAUCCUUGUGUUUCUUUUUAUCUAGCAUUUUUUAUGUUUGUGUAUGUUUUAUAAUGGCGUAAUAGUACGGUGGUAUAUGUACAUCAUUUUAAAUAAAUAAAUCAAUUAAUAAGCA